CAGCUGGAGCCGCUGAGAGCUCGCCUCCCUCUCCCGCCCGGCGCCUCGGGAGGCGCCUUCUGCGGCGGGCGGACCGACUCCUCGGCGCGGCGGGGCCGGGGCAGGCUGGACGCAGCAUGAUGCGCGCAGUGUGGGAGGCGCUGGCGGCGCUGGCGGCGGUGGCGUGCCUGGUGGGCGCGGUGCGCGGCGGGCCCGGGCUCAGCAUGUUCGCCGGCCAGGCGGCGCAGCCCGACCCCUGCUCGGACGAGAACGGCCACCCGCGCCGCUGCAUCCCGGACUUUGUCAACGCGGCCUUCGGCAAGGACGUGCGCGUGUCCAGCACCUGCGGCCGGCCCGCCGGGCGCUACUGCGUGGUGAGCGAGCGCGGCGAGGAGCGGCUGCGCUCCUGCCACCUCUGCAACGCGUCGGACCCCAAGAAGGCGCACCCGCCCGCCUUCCUCACGGAUCUGAACAACCCGCACAACCUGACGUGCUGGCAGUCCGAGAACUACCUGCAGUUCCCGCACAACGUCACGCUCACGCUGUCGCUCGGCAAGAAGUUCGAGGUGACCUAUGUGAGCCUGCAGUUCUGCUCGCCACGGCCCGAGUCCAUGGCCAUCUACAAGUCCAUGGACUACGGGCGCACGUGGGUGCCCUUCCAGUUCUACUCCACUCAGUGCCGCAAGAUGUACAACCGGCCGCACCGUGCGCCCAUCACCAAGCAGAACGAGCAGGAGGCCGUGUGCACCGACUCGCACACCGACAUGCGCCCGCUCUCGGGCGGCCUCAUCGCCUUCAGCACGCUGGACGGGCGACCCUCGGCGCACGACUUCGACAACUCGCCCGUGCUGCAAGACUGGGUCACGGCCACCGACAUCCGCGUGGCCUUCAGCCGCCUGCACACGUUCGGCGACGAGAACGAGGACGACUCAGAGCUGGCGCGCGACUCGUACUUCUACGCCGUGUCCGACCUGCAGGUGGGCGGCCGCUGCAAGUGCAAUGGCCACGCGGCCCGCUGCGUGCGCGACCGCGACGACAGCUUGGUGUGCGACUGCAGGCACAACACGGCCGGCCCGGAGUGCGACCGCUGCAAGCCCUUCCACUACGACCGGCCCUGGCAGCGCGCCACAGCCCGCGAGGCCAACGAGUGCGUGGCCUGUAACUGCAACCUUCACGCCCGGCGAUGCCGCUUCAACAUGGAGCUUUACAAGCUGUCGGGGCGCAAGAGCGGAGGCGUCUGCCUCAACUGUCGCCACAACACGGCCGGCCGCCACUGCCACUACUGCAAGGAGGGCUACUACCGCGACCUGGGCAAGCCCAUCACCCACCGCAAGGCCUGCAAAGCCUGCGAUUGCCACCCUGUGGGCGCCGCUGGCAAAACCUGCAACCAGACCACGGGCCAGUGCCCCUGCAAGGAUGGUGUGACCGGCAUCACCUGCAACCGCUGUGCCAAGGGCUACCAACAGAGCCGCUCCCCCAUCGCCCCCUGCAUAAAGAUCCCCGUGGCACCGCCGACCACUGCAGCCAGCAGCGUGGAAGAGCCCGAAGACUGUGAUUCGUACUGCAAGGCCUCCAAAGGGAAGCUGAAGAUUAACAUGAAAAAAUACUGCAAGAAGGACUACGCCGUCCAGAUCCACAUCCUGAAGGCGGACAAGGCGGGGGACUGGUGGAAGUUUACGGUGAACAUCAUCUCCGUGUACAAGCAGGGCACCAGCCGCAUCCGCCGCGGUGACCAGAACCUGUGGAUCCGCUCGCGGGACGUCGCCUGCAAGUGCCCCAAAAUCAAGCCCCUCAAGAAGUACCUACUGCUGGGCAACGCGGAGGACUCGCCCGACCAGAGCGGCAUCGUGGCGGACAAGAGCAGCCUGGUGAUCCAGUGGCGGGACACGUGGGCGCGGCGGCUGCGCAAGUUCCAGCAGCGCGAGAAGAAGGAGUUGUAAUGGACCCAGAUGGAACUUGUAACAUGGGCCCCACAUGAUAGAACUAAAUUCAGAUAUCAAUUAAAUAAACUCUUGUACACUGUUCU